AGAAACCAGAGAAACGAUCAAAACAUUAAUAACAACGUUAUUAAAGUAUUUUUCGUGUUAAUUUAAGUGUUAAUUACUUAUUAUUGCAGUUUUCUAUUCUUCCCGCACAGAAUGAUACAGUUUGUCAUACUAAUUUCACUCUGUGUGCUGGUACUGAGUGUGGAUCGUGCGGAAGCAUCCGGCCUCGGGUUUGCCGAUACGGUAGCACUAAUUCUCGGCCUCGCCAUAGGUACUAUCGGUAUUUUGGCCUGUCUGGGACGUUACGCACGGCGGCUGCGUGCUGGACAGUACUGACGGCGAUCGCAGGAUUCCGAUUUACGUUCGAGCGGGGAGAAUUCUAUUAAACUAUAAGAAAGCAUCAACCCGAGCAACAAAAUUUAACAAUGAACUACCUACAAUUAGCCAGGAGGACAAGUCAGUUUGCGAUAAAAAUAAAUACAGUAAAGGGCCAUGGAAGUUGGAUAAUGCGGCACUACUCCAUUGAGGCGUCCACUACUGGUUUUUGGGCCACACUUUCCAACAGCACGCCUGUUGAAUACGUUCAGCAAGGUCUAGUCAGUUUGCAUGAUUAUUCUGGACUACCCUGGUGGGCUUCGAUUGUAGUUUCCACUAUUCUGGUACGAUCUGCUGUAACGUUACCACUGGCUAUUUACCAGAAUAAAAUUGUGGUCCGUUUAGAAAAGAUUGCCCUUGAAAUGCCAGAUAUCGUGAAGACACUUAAGGCCGAAACUGCACUUGCCAUAAGGAAAUUUCAUUGGUCAGAGGAGCAAGCUAGGAUGAUGUACAACCAUUCCUUAAAAAAGCAAUGGAACAAUCUAGUGAUUCGCGAAAAUUGCCAUCCGGCAAAAACUAUGGUUGUGCUGUGGGGUCAAAUUCCGCUGUGGGUUUUCAUGUCGGUAGCUAUUCGUAAUAUGGUGUACUUGCUACCGGAUCCCAGUUCCAUCGAUGCUCAAGUAACAUUUGCCGAACUUACGUUGGGUGGAUUUGGUUGGAUUCCCAAUCUGACUGUGGUUGAUCACUCAUUAAUCCUGCCGGUGGCAAUGGGUUUGAUCAAUUUCACCAUUAUAGAGAUUCAAAAUGCAGCUCGAACCAAGGAAAGUACGAAGUUGCAAAGAAUUCUUACUAACUUGUUUCGUGGUCUUUGUAUUGUUAUGGUACCAGUUGCUGCCACAGUCCCUUCGUGCCUCUGUCUUUAUUGGGUUACCUCCAGUGCUUGCGGAUUAGGUCAGAAUUUACUGCUUAUGUCACCCCGAUUUAAACGACUUGUCGGAAUUCCUCUCGUUCCAUCGGAAAUCGCAAACCCUUAUCGUCAUAUUAGAAACAACUUUACAGGUAAAUACAAUUUUCUCCUUGAUAAACUACGAAUCGGUUCAAAGCAAUGAGUAUUCGGUUGAUGUAUAAUAAAAAAAGUUUUAUUCGUGUAAA